CAAUACUAAGAGGCUGUUUGCAUCGGGAGCUGAGCUAGAAAGCCAUCUUUGCUAGAGCCUGUGAGUGAGAGAAAAAGCCAAAUCAGGCAAGGAACAAUGUCAGCGCCAAUUGUUUCCCAAGGUGCCAGUGGUGUCCCUGGGCCUGGCACUGGAGGAGCCCCUCUCCAAUCUAAUGUGACUAGCAAUCGGAGGCUGCAACAGACACAAGCCCAAGUGAAUGAGGUGGUGGAUAUAAUGCGGGUCAAUGUGGACAAAGUACUAGAAAGAGACCAGAAACUUUCAGAGCUUGACAAUCGAGCAGACGCAUUGCAAGCUGGUGCCUCACAAUUUGAAACUAGUGCAGCCAAGCUGAAGAGGAAAUACUGGUGGAAAAACUGUAAGAUGAUGAUCAUCCUGGGUGUAGUAUGUGCAGUCAUUCUUAUAAUAAUUAUAAUUUAUUUCUGCACCUGAACCACUGAGAACACAUGGUUUUGUGUGGAUUUGUUCAAGUGACCUGUUUUCUGACCAUCCCUCCCAAUGAAACCUGCUUUUUAAUUCCUUAUGUCUUGGGGGCUGUGAGCCUCCAACAGUAUGUAAGAAUUCCAUGUAGUGUGUUUUGGUAUUGUGUUGUUUCUAUAAGAAACUGUGCCAGCUGAAUACUGCCAACUAGUUCCACACGUUGGUCUAUCACUGUGUCUUAAAACAUGCCCAUGCUGACCUUUGGAAACAGUCGUUCUUGAAAAAUGACCAUUUUGAACUUUGCUAAGUUGUGUAGAAUUUGUGUUUAAAGGGAACGUCAGAUAAGCUUCAGCAGACAAUGAGGAGACCAUAAUUUUCAACUAGAGAUUUCUGUAGUCGGGCCACAAAAUCUGUCUGUAGCGAUGAGGCGGUGUACUUCAAGGAAGCCAAGCACCCACUGAGCACAGCAAGACCAAAGGACCUGCAGAACUACCACACAUUUUAUAAGUGAAUCUGCUUUAACAUCCACAAUCUACAAAAAAGUUUGAAAUCAUUAAUACUGAAAACAUUUUUUUUAGAGGAAGAAUGUAUGUCUCAAAUUUUAUAAUGUUAAAUAGGGCUGCAAUCCUAAGAACACUAUCCUGGGAGUAAACCCCACUGACAGAAAUGGGACUUACUUCCAAGUAGGCCUGUUUAGUGCUGGUCUGUAAAGGUUAAAAAAUGCUGGAGAAAACCUCUAAAUUUAAAAAAUCCUAUGUUCCUUAUGCAAUGUUAGGACACAGUGGAGGAAAAGGAUGCAUUUUUAAAUAGUUGUAGUAGCCCAUUGAAGUCAAGCUCUUGCUUAAACUUAAAGCUCUAAACUUAAAGCUCUAAUCUAUAUGAUGUCUUAGUCUGAAAAACGUAAGAUGGAGUUUGGAAUUCAAACAUGAUAUCUUCUGGAUUUUUUAUUGUGAAAUUCUGCAUGAACGAGGUUCUGUAUUAAACAAACAAUUGGGUAAGGAAGGGGGACAGCACUACAGCACUGGGAAAUAAGCUGCAACCUAAUUUUUAUAACAAAAGUUCUCUCCAGCACAUUUUUAUUACUAAAAAGCAGCCAAGAAGAGGGAUGGAGUAAGAAGACAAAAUUCCGAGAGUCGUGGUCAUCUGAGGGUCCAUCAAGCUGGGCAAGUCAUGUUAGGUGAUACUUGGGUUAGGUCUGGGUGCCGUGAAAGAGAGCACAGAAAACUUUUUCUGGGGUUCUGGCCUGUUAGCUUUCCUUGCAGGGACAAACAGCAGCUGGGAAGGUGAGAUGAGGAGAGGAAAAAUAAGGGGGGGAGGUCCUUAUCUGAGCACACAUUCACUUCCAUGAUCCAUCCUGGUGAUAGGAGGUACUUCAUUCAAGCUCUCUUCUCCCAGGGUCACCCAGUGGUCAUGUAGCUGAGGACUAAUUUAAUUUCAAGAUUGUCACACACUGGGACAUGCAUGCCACCCAUAAAUUGUGUUAAAAAACAGUUGAUGGGAAAUAUAAAAAACAGAUGUGCAAAGUAGGCAUGUUAAUGAGAAAUAAACACAUGAACUGAAUCAUGAGAAGAUAAUGGUGCACAUGAAAAUCUCUGGGGAUGCGUUGUGCUCGAGUGUCUGUAUUUACACGUUUGGUUUAAUACAAGCUGCAGAGACCUACAGCCUUAAUGAAAUGGAAAGGUCAUUCUGCAAGCUGCCGCUGUUUUAUUGCAUUGAAUGAGCUGCCUUGUUUACUCUGGUCUUCAGAUGAAGUGCAAAAGAGCACAUGUACCACUGUGUGAACUUUUCUCAUUUUAAAAACCUUUAAUAAUAUAAUCAUAAGCGAUGCAAAGAAGUUCUGUUUGUGCCACGCCUCAUAGACCUAAUGCCCUUUCCGUUAAUAGUACAUGGAACACUACACUUGUCUACCCGGUACACAAAUAUGAAAAUGGAUUUCAAGGUUUUUGAACUGUUCUGGCUUUCCUUUAAAUGAAGUCGUUCCCCUCCACAGAAUCAUAUCAUACCCUCCUUAGUUAAGAAGUUCUCCUGAUGCCCUGAAUAUAUAAGGCAGAGAGAAUAAAAAUAUACAGACUUGGAUCCUCUGAACAAAGCCCAGGCUUGCUAGGCAGCCUCGGCCAAUGAGCUAACUUCCUCUUCCUCUGCUGGCACAAAAGAGACAAGGGCCCCCUGGCAACCACUGCUCUUACACAAAGGGAAGUGCCAGCAAAAGAGGUAGUGAGCUCCCUGGCAGGGGCUUUCCAGCAUGCACAGAACUUGUUCCAAGUGUUUAGUUUUAUCAGCAAUUUGCCAAUUUGCAGGUAGGCACACUUCUACUGCAAAGUCAGGGGCAAUGUUCUUUGCUUAGAAAUAGCCUGAACAGGGUAAGAAAGGGCUGUCAGGGAAGCUGAAUUGUCUCUGUUGCUGCUACUGCUGCUGCAUGGAACUGUGAAGGGAGACCUCCAAGCCAAGGGUUAAAGACUCAUUAAGUCUUUAAUGGGAGAAGCAGCAGUGGCGUAGUGGU